CAUGGAUUAGGGAACUAGCAAUAUCUCUUCAGUCCUGCCCUUCUAAGUUCCAGCUCUAAAGAACCAUUAUCUUCUAUCUGAAUGGUGCUGAAUAAUCGCAACAAUCAGUGAGUGAUUAAGACCAAAUACAGCUUCCAUACAGUAAGCGCUCUGCGUCAUCUGCGCGCACCGGAAGUCGCGUCGCACUGAAUUCACGACACGGACUUCCAGUUGUGCGCUGCCGUGCUGGAUACGCGAUGUCUCGGGAACUGAUCGGUCCAGCGCUGCCUCCUGGGUUCCGAGUCAGUGAUCAGGAAGAGGAGUUAGAGGAAGUUGCGGGCCCAGUGCUGCCACCUGGCUACAAAUGUGACAGCAGCAGCUCAGACUCGUCAGAUGACAGUGAUCAGGAGUCCAUAUCAUACAAGAGAAGUUCAAAUACGUCCAAAAAUAAACGCCCUAAAAGCAGCAAACAAAGUCUGCCUGUAGUCAAUGCAGAACCAGAUGAUGAUUUUUUUGGGCCAGCACUUCCACCAGGGUUUAAGAAGCAGUCAGAUUCUCCAGAAAGGCCUGUUAUAGGUCCUGCCUUGCCACCUGGUUUCAGAAGAGAUUCACAAGAUGAAGAGGGCUCUGAUUGUAUAAGUCCAAGUCAUGAGAGGUCAGGAGAAAGCAGUGAGGAUGAAGAUAUUAUUGGCCCAUGUCCUGCCUCGGGCCCAGUUGAAUCCAAUGUUGCGGAGGAAUUUGACCGGAGGGCUUGGAGAAUGAAACAGAAAUUGACCUCCAAAGAUGACGAUGGAUCCAAGAAUCCUACAAGAGAGUCAUGGAUGACUGAGCUGCCCCCAGAGCUAACAAACUUUGGACUGGGCCCAAGAACCUUCAAAAAAAGAACUAAUGAAAAAUCAGGAGACAGAUCAAUUUGGACAGAUACCCCAGCGGACAAGGAAAGAAAAGCAAAAGAAAAGCAAGAAGCAAAGGUGUCAAGCAGCACUACAGAGGAAAAGUUCCCACUGUCGGAUAGAGAUAAACAUCUGGCAGAGCAAGUGUCUACUUAUAAUGAUUCCAGAAGAUCAGAAUCUCUUAUAGAUCUUCAUCGUAAGAAAUUAAAGCGGAAAGCAGAAGAAGAUAAAAAUAAAGCACUGGAGAGGAGACCAUUUGAUCGAGACCAAGACCUUCAAGUAAACCGUUUUGAUGAAGCACAGAAGAAAGCUUUACUUCGGAAGUCGAAAGAGCUGAAUACUAAAUUUGCACAUGGUAACAGCAAUAUGUUUCUCUAGGAUGUAAGAAUCCUUUAGGCUUCGGGGAGGACUGCAUAAUGUUAUCUUCAUGUUUUAUACACACCACAAAAUCAAGCUACAACACAUCAAUUCUAAGAACAUUUAUAGCUGUUGUCUAAUACUUUUCCACUUUUUCCCUUGCAGUUCCUGCAGAUAUGUGCAGCUUAAGUCUGCUUUAGUACUGAUCAUGUGAAACUAAUGUUUUCAAUGGUAAAAUACCUAUGAAUCUUUAUUUGAAUACAGCCCUUUAUCCUAAGGCGUUCUUUAGGUUAAAGUGUAAAAUUUAUCAUUGACACGUAAAGAAUCAAGAUUCAGAUCAGCCCGAACCAUGGGAACAAUGCUGUUUCUCUAAGUGACCCUACCUGUCCAUGUAGAUGUUAGGGAAAUAAGUAACCCCUGAAGUACAUCUGACUGGCACAUGUGUGUUUCUUUUCAUUAUGUUUUUCAAUUUCAAACCCAUAAACGUAAAAUUAGAUGAUGUAAAAAGCAACAGGGAUUUUAAUUUAGUAAAUGUGUAUCAUAAUAAAUGAGGUUUGUGUUUA